GACGUCAUGAUUAUCGCCAUCUUCGACUUGUGUCAAUUCCUGUUGUCGUUGUAAACUGGUAGUCGUCAUCGCGGUCAUCGCAAAUAAUUUGCGAGAUAUCAUCGUGCCUCGCAGAUUUAAUUAGCUUCGAUUUGUUUGUGCAUUUGACAUAUUUAUAGGACUAUGGAAGGUGGUGGUGCAGGAGGAGAAAUGGGUGGACCACAUAACGCUCAGCAAGCGGGUGCAAGCAAGAAAUUACAGCAGACUCAGGCCACUGUAGAUGAGGUCGUAGGUAUAAUGAAGGUUAACGUGGAGAAGGUACUGGAGCGAGAUCAGAAGCUCUCAGAGCUCGAAAAUCGCGCAGAUGCCUUACAACAGGGUGCGACGCAAUUCGAACAACAUGCUGGCAAAUUAAAACGAAAAUACUGGUGGAAGAAUCUGAAAAUGAUGCUUAUUCUUGGUAUCAUAUGUGUUGUUAUCUUAAUCAUCAUUAUUGCUUCGGUUGUGCCAAGUUCGUCUUCAGACAACUCUGAUAAUUCUCCAAAAUGAUAACGUUGUACCAAAGGAAAGACACGGUGUCGUACCGAACAACCAUCUUCUCUCUUAGGAUAAGUUAUAUAUUUGGUAAAGUACGUACAAGGGGAAUUACCGAUACCUAAAUGAAGCACAAAUGUGAAUUAUACAUUUGUGAUGUUAUCCGCACAAAAAUUGGGAACAAAGAACAUAUUUUUGAGACUUAUUGUAUUGAGGUCCACACGAUUACUAGACUAACAACCAGUAUUAAUACAAGUGGCCUUCCUUUUUUUAAAGAAAGUAAAAUAAACACUGGGAUAUUCUUAUGAUGUUAAUCUUGUUACAGCAAUGCUUAUUAUAUUAUAUGAAUUAUAUAUAAUAUAUACAAUGUUUGUACUCUUUUCGAGCAAGUUCACUUAAUAUCUCGAUUCUCCUGUAGCUUCCUGCCGUCCGUUCCAUCAUACGUAAUUGAAAGUAGAGUGAAAUUGCGAUCCUUUCUAUAAAGUAAUUAUACCCUAUGUAAUGCGCAAUUGACAUAAUUUCCUUCACCGACAACACCAUAUCAAAUUGUAUUGGAGUCGUUAAGAAUAUUGUAUGAGUCAUUUCUCAGUGUCGUAAAAACGAAUGCUGCUUUACAACGAUGAUCUACAAACCGCAUAUUUUUACUGUGAAUUCCCCUUCGGAUUUUACAUUAAUCACAUUUCUAGAAAAUAUCGGUCACUCAUAAAUAUUUAUAUCCUGACGUCUUCCGCUUUAUGGUUCGGAGUAACGUCUAUUUCUCAUCGAUCGAAAGUCUGUUACACUAUUUGUUGAAGUAAUUCCUAUGUUGCUAAAGUUUAAAAAUUCAGGGUCGUUCUUACGGAAAAAAGUUUGUUUAAUCAAAUGCGAUGGCGUCAAUGAUAAAAUAGAGAAAAAAAUUACAUGCGAUGCAGGUGUACGAUAAGCGCGCGUAUGUAUAGA